GUACCAACACGUUCUCCGUAUGGCGAAGUCUCCAAAAGUAUUGCACCAUUACAAGCAGAAACUGUUUUAACGAUAUCCAGCAUGUCAUAAACGUUUGUUUUCCACUCCUGAGAUUUUUAAACACAGUGCUUACUUUGAUUAGUUUAUAUAGGAGAAACUGCGUGAGAUUUGGCGUAUAAGUAACCAUAGGUUUACAUAAUUGUUUCAGAAGAUUUUAGUUGUUCCUGUACAGAGCCUGGUAACACGCUGCCUGCAACGUGACAACUUAGGAAAGUCACAAUGUAAUUGGUUGGAAGAACUGUAGAAGCAGUUGCCGACAUACUGACAUUGAAUGUGUUGUGCUGUUGAUUAUUUACAUUUGAAGAGCAAGUGCGAAGCAAACUAGCUGAAGAAAAUUAUUACACUUAAUAAAAUUUCAGAGAGUCUAUAUGUGCCAUUUACGGUUUCAAGUUUGUUGUUCGCACUUAGUUCAGUUGUUUAUUCGCCAUUGAACGUUAUGAUCUGAUGUGUCAAGGUGUCGAGAGGCAGUAGAUUUGAUAUUUUAGUUCCAAACAUAAUUCAGGAUGCAUUCUAUUGAAGAACUCGGGACAAACGUUCCCGCAUUCCUAGCAAAAUUAUGGAAAAUGGUUGAAGACCCUCAGACGAAUGACCUAAUAAGUUGGAGUUCGACUGGCACAAGUUUCUUUAUACGCGACCAGGCUCGAUUUGCUCGAGAACUGUUACCUUUGUACUAUAAGCAUAACAAUAUGGCUAGUUUUGUUCGGCAGUUGAACAUGUAUGGCUUCCAUAAAGUUGUGUCAAUUGAAAGUGGUGGUUUGAAAGUUGAUAAAGACGAGAUGGAAUUUGCACAUCAGUGUUUCCUAAUGGGUCAUCCUUACCUGUUGGAGCACAUUAAAAGGAAGAUACCUGUUAACAAAGCAGAAGAUGGCCGUUCAGGAACAAAGCCAGAACUUGUAAAUAAGGUUUUAAAUGAAGUUAAAAAUAUGAAAGGACGUCAGGACACUUUGGAUUCUCAACUUGCUGCAAUGAAAAGAGAAAAUGAAGUUCUGUGGAGGGAAGUGGCUGUAUUAAGACAAAAACACAUGAAACAGCAACAAAUUGUGAACAAGUUAAUUCAGUUCCUCGUAUCAAUGGUGCAGUCAUCACGAAAUGGAGGCAUUGGAGUGAAGAGGCAUUACCCCCUUAUGCUCAAUGACAUUACAAAUCGACCAAGCAAGUCACCCAAGCUGAGUGAAGACACUUCAGAAAUGAAUUCUGUUACAGAUAAUCACUCUCCUACUGGGCCAGUCAUUCAUGAAUUAGAUCCAACAGAACUGCUGGACGACUGUGGAACAGUUACGGAAGAGAUGCCUAACAAUGAUUUCCUAGCAUCAAAUGCUGAAAUUGGUGAGGUGCGUAGUCCAGCAUCUCCUGCAGAGAAAACUCAGAACACGAGAAACUCUACAUUGGAAGAUCCUGAUGUACUGUUAGAACUGGCUGAAGAAUAUCCAUUAAAUCCAGAAAUUCUGAUAUCAGUAUCUGAAACAGAUAAUUUGACAGAAAAUGCAUCAAAAACACAGAAAUCAAAAGUGAAAACAGAAAGUUCAAAGGCAAAGAAGCGCAAAAGUAAACUGCUGAAUAGUCUUAAGCAUAAAACUGUACCUCAGAAGAAAUAUCAACUUGACAGCUCCGUUACACUGGAGAGAGUUAAAGACAAAGUAAACACCUACGUAUAUGAAAAUAGUGGGAAGACAAUACCAGAAAGAGGAACAGAUGAUAUUGAGAUAUCUUUGGUGGCUGCUAAUGAUGCUGCUAUUUCUGCUAUUAGUAAUGCAGCAGCAGCAGCUGCCGCAGCAGUAGCAAAAACUGAGACUGAUACAUUAGGAUCAUCAGAUUGCAAAACAUUUGUUCCAAGUGAGCCUUUGAAUAAUGACAAAGUGCCACCAUCCAGUGCUUCAAAUGGAGACGCGAACUUGACUCUUGCAUGUGCUGGCAACAAUGCAUCUGAUACUUUUAUUAACAGAGAAGAACUGGACUCCCAUCUGGAUUCAAUGCAGAAUGAUCUGGAUGGUCUGAAGGAGUUACUGAAAGGUGAAGGCUACAGUUUGGAUGCCAACACCCUUCUGGGGGUACGUCAAACCGUGCUUGGCCUUGAAAAAGAUGCCAUGCUAAAGCUGUUUGGAGGAGAUGACCUUAUUUCAUAUGGUAUUCAUCUAGCUCCAGGACCAGAAGGUGAACAAAAACGUAAAGAUAACAAUGUGGCUGAUCCACUCGUUUCAGGAAGUGAGUUAAUGACAUAUCCUGGGGACAUUUUAGACUUUUCUGAUAUGUGCCAGAGUUCAGAGGAAGAAUGGAUUUUACCUGGAUCACCACCAGACUUUCACUUCAGUAGUGGGUCACCUACAGCCAACACAACUACAGAUCUAGCAACGCCUAGUCCGCAGAGUCUGAACACACCUAAAAUAAGUCAAUGAAUUUUACUUUCUGCUUGUAAAAUUUGUCUGCCUGGUAUUAUUUAUAGAUUGUGAUCUUAGCUGCUAUACAUGUAACAAAUAUUGUUUUAUAUGUAAACAUACACACAAAUGUAAUAGCAUCUGGAAUAAGCGAUUAUAUUCAGCCAGCUACAAUAUUUACUGGAACAGCUGAAUGUUCUAGGACUGUUAUUGAAACUGUGUUACUUCUGUGCUUUUAAAUGUGCAUUUAAUGUUGUAAUCUAGUUUUGGUAUUGGACACGGUAAUAGAAAGUGUAAAUAAAAAUACCUGUAUAAAAAGAAACUCAUACUUCUGGAAGUAACGGAGCUAUUACUUGCACAUAUGUAUUUAUGAAAGCUGUUGUAUGACAAUAGCAUGUACAAUUACAUGGGUGAAAACAUGGAUGUUUUUGUAUAAUACAUAUCUUGUUCAUGCGCUUUCACUAACAUGAAAUUUUGUACACACAUUACUUUUUUAUUUUCAUAAAAUUCUAAUUGGUACAUAAUGUUGAGCAUUAAUUUUUUCAGUAUAUUGUUAUCCUUCCUUAGAGAAUUAAGUGAAAAUAAUCCUAAGUUUCAAGACUACUUCUUGUAAUUGAGACUUACAAUGAAGCAAAAAUCAUUCAUCAUACUAUGUGUGAGUGUGAAGUAAACAGUAUUCUUCUGUGUUUCAUUGGCCCAGACUGUUAACCUUCCAAAAAAAAAAUGAGGAACUUUAGGCUUCAUUUAGUCUUCUUUUCUGUGUUUCAUUUUUAAAUGACUGAAGUCUUGUUCAGCAAAGUCAUGAGCAAGGUAUGUCAUCGUUUCAUUCUUCUUACAAGUGACAGUGUCAAGCUGUAGUACUUGUUAUUAACAGGUUCUUAGAAGCUGCUUAUAUGAGUAAUGGGGUCAUAUGAAAUGAGAAUACAUUGUUAUUUGUUAAAUAUUAAGUAAUCUCCUUAUUGUACCUAAACAUAUGUAAUAUAAUUUCCUGUUUUUGUUUAAUAUAUUUGUAAAAGUAUUUAUAUAUCUAAAAACAAAGAUGAUGUGACUAUCCAACGAAAGUGCUGGCAGGUGGAGAGACACACAAACAUACACACAAAAUUCAAGCUUUCGCAACCAACGGUUGCUUCAUCAGGAAAGAGGGAAGAAGAGGGAAAGACGAAAGGAUGUGGGUUUUUAGGGAGAGGGUAAGGAGUCAUUUCAAUCCCGGGAGCGGAAAGACUUACCUUAUGGGGAAAAGAGGACAGGCGCGCGCGCACACACACACACACACACACACACACACACACACACACACACACACACACACACACGCACGCACGCGCGCGAACACAGACACAAGCAAUGUGUGUGUGUGUGUGUGUGUGUGUGUGUGUGUGUGUGUGUGUGUGUGUGUGUGUGUGUACGCGCGCGAGUGUAUACCUGUCCUUUUUCCCCCCUAAGGUAAGUCUUUCUGCUCCCGGGAUUGGAAUGACUCCUUACCCUCUCCCUUAAAACCCACAUCCUUUUGUUUUUCCCUCUCCUUCCCUCUUUCCUGAUGAAGCAACCGUUGGUUGCAAAAGCUUGAAUUUUGUGUGUGUGUUUGUGUUUGUGUGUCUCUCGACCUGCCAGCACUUUCGUUGGGUAAGUCACAUCAUCUUUGUUUUUAGAUAUAUUUUUCCCCCGUGGAAUGUUUCCCUCUAUUAUAUUCAUGUAAAAGUAUUUACUAUGAAAUGAUGAAUGAAAUGCUUUUGUGUGUGUGUGUGUGUGUGUGUGUGUGUGUGUGUGUGUGUGUGUGUGUUUUUGCUGCAGCUGGUAUGACACUUGAGACCAACAAAGAUACACUAAGAAACUAACAUAGUUUCUUUCAGUUUUGUUCUGCAUAUUGAUGAGUUUCAUGCAUUAUGCAGUAAGGUUAUGCAACAUGAUGUGCUGCGUCAAUGUUUAUAUAGAUCUACAUUGACAGUUAAUUUCCACUCAUUACAUGGAAUCUGCUAAAACAUUUUGUUUUUAUAAUUUGUAACAAAAGUAAUUUUGAAUCACGGUAUAAAUGUGUUUCACAGAUUUCAUUUAGGACUCGCUUAAUAGUUCAUUUAAGUUACAACAAAUAGUACCGUAAGUCUCAGGAUCUGAAAACGCAUUGAUAUACUGUAUAUAGGCAGCUGUAUAGAGACUCAAUAUUCAUACUGUUACGCUAUGUCACUUUGCAAAUUUAUUAUAAAUAAAUUUUUUUCUCCAUACUGCUCUGUCAAACAAAAAGCACGAAAGCUAACCAACCCCUCAGAUUAAUGGCAAGUGGCACAUGUACAACUGUAAUAGGUUAGAAAACUGCAUAAGCUUUUGAUCUUUCACCCUUCUUGGCUGAAGAGUUGUAAAUUUGUAUUUCCCUCUGUUUGAACUAAUGUAUGAAGAGCACAUUGUUAUUAGAAAUGGUACAAAAGCUAGUUGUGUUUUCCUCCAGUUAACAAGUGUGUGUGGCACACUUUUCAUUCAUCUGCAGGUUAGUGGUUGCCUUUCCUCCUUUUUUCCUGGAAUUUUCAGAUUCAUAAUUUGCUGUUAAUAUUUGCAAAGAGCCCAAAAGUAAAUUUUAUUCUAGCUGCUUAGUGAUUAUUGCUUCAAAGUCUGUUGUUAACAUUAUACUUAAUUUGAUGUUUCAAUUGCUACUUAAUCUUGUCCAUUAGGAUAGGAAUGACCAUGACUGUUGUAAUUCAGAUGAAUAUAAGUAUAGAUUCUGCAUUCAGGCACAAAAUAACUUCAUUUAAAUUAUUAUCUAGCAUCCUUAAAUGUGUUGUCCUUUUUUACUAAAUUAUGUCAUACCAUGUUCUAUUUUUGGAGCUGUUUGAUGUUGCUACACUGGUAAUAAAUGCCUCUAUCCAUUA